CACCAAUUGGAGCGCCCAGGAUGUCAAUCUAAAGUAAGGGAAAGAGCAUGUUUCAAGUAUAUAUUAGGUAUGUUAAGGAGAAGGGCAUAAAGUUGCCUAACUAUAAGAAGAGGAAGGAUAGGUACUACAUUAUUUAUCUAGGGGAGAUAAGAUUCUAUAAGGGUAUUAUAGACCUAGAGAGCAGUAAGAGCAGUAAUAAGUCUAUAACUAAAGAGAAGAAGUUUCCUACUAGUUCUAGUAAGAAGAAGAGUGUAAGAAGCUUAAAUUAUAAGGGCUAUAGGUCUAACCCAUUUAUACUUAACCAGGCAGAUAAUAGGGAGGAAGAUGACUAUAAUAAUAAUAAUAGCUUUAUUAAUGAUAAGGAUAAGGAGAUUAAGGACCCUCUAAAUCCAAAGCCUAAAGGGAAGAAGGAGGUUGGCCAUAGUAAAUCUAAGGGUAAAAUACUAGCUAAGGCCUUAGAGGAUAAUGAGGGCCAGCUAGAGAUCUCUCAGUAUAAAUUACUACCUUACUAG